CGAGUAACUAUUAUUUUCACUGUAUGGAGAAGGUUUUUUACAAGAAGAGAAAACAAGCAGCCUUUCUGAAAAUUUACCUGUGGAAUAACUCUGGAAAUGGCCUCGUCGUUUCAUCUGCCGAGAAGCAACAGCACCAGAGACACGUUGGAGAACACGAGCAGCGAGUCUUCCGAUAAUGAAACCACAGAAAAGGAGAGAUCUGUCGAGCAAAGAAGUGACGAUGGAAACGCGGAUGAGUCUAAGAAAAAGAAACAGAGACGGCAGCGGACUCACUUCACCAGCCAGCAACUGCAGGAACUAGAAGCUACUUUUCAGAGGAACCGGUAUCCGGACAUGAGCACCAGAGAGGAGAUCGCAGUGUGGACCAACCUCACAGAGGCCCGAGUCCGGGUAUGGUUUAAAAACCGAAGGGCGAAAUGGCGAAAGAGGGAGCGCAACCAGCAAAUGGAUUUGUGUAAAAACAGCUAUCUGCCCCAGUUUAGCGGUUUAAUGCAGCCUUACGACGAUGUGUAUCCAACGUACACGUACAACAACUGGACCAACAAAGGACUAGCGCCAGCCCCACUGUCCACAAAGAACUUCACCUUCUUUAACUCUAUGAGUCCCCUCACUUCCCAAUCCAUGUUCUCAGCUCCAAGCUCAAUCUCAUCUAUGAGUAUGGCAUCCGGGAUGGGACAUUCUGCCAUGCCCGGCAUGUCAGGGACUGGUCUGAAUAACAUCGGCAACCUUAACGGCAUCGGGAGCUCGUCGAUCAGUUCGGCCAUGGGUUCGUCCACAUGUCCGUACGGGCCUCCCGGCUCUCCUUACAGUGUGUACAGGGACACUUGUAACUCCAGCCUUGCGACGUUACGACUGAAAUCCAAGCAGCAUCCAUCUUUUGGAUACAGCGGUUUGCAGAGUCCCAGCUCUAGUCUUAACGCAUGUCAGUACAAUAGUUGACGAGUUAUACGCCAAUAAACGGAUAUCUGAACCUAUAUACUGGAUUAGAUGCGAUCGGCAUUUUCAAACGGAUUAUGCGGAUAGUCUGUGUUUACCUAAACUUGCACAACAAUUUAAAUGUCCAUCGUUGGGAUUUUAGACAUUAUGAAGACAAGUUAAAGUUACACAAUGUACAUAUAAACAAAAUAUAUAAACGUGGAACAAUGGAACAUUUACACUAUUUGAAAAAAAUGCUGUGCUCUAUUUGGGAACAAUGGGUUUGUCAAGACACAAACCUAAAAUGUAUAGGACUAUAAUGUUUAGUUAUGCUGUGUAGGCCUCGACAGCCUAUGGCACUGUUCGAUUGUGUUUGUGAGUGGCCUUCUCCUGUACUCUCAUGCAGAGGUUGUGUUGUCCUCGUGCUUUCUCAUUAACAUUUUGGAUUCAUUUCCACAUAGUUGUUUGAUUGCCUCAAUAAAUUACCGCA